AUGGCGUUCUACCCAAACUACCAGACCGCGUCAGCAUACGAUUAUGGCUUUAGCACUCCUUUUCCCGGAGCCCCUCUGUAUCAGAAUGAUUACAUGGAAAUGCUACGACAGCAGCAGGCGAUGAUGAGCCGGGGCCUGUUCCCAGCAGCCGGGGGAAAGGCUACCGAAUCCAAACCGAGACUUGCCAAGGACGAAGUCGACAAGCUUGAGAGGGAAUUCCAGAAGAACAACAAGCCCAACAGCAGCUUGAAGAAGCAGCUCGCCGAAGAGAUGAGAGUAGACAUUGCGAGGAUUAAUAACUGGUUCCAGAAUCGGCGAGCAAAGGCGAAGCAGGAGAAGAGGACACAGGAAAAUGAGGCUCGCCGCAAGUCUGAACAGGCUACCGAGACGUCUACCAGCUCCGAGACUAUCAAGGAGUCCUUCCAUGACCACGAUGACGAUCUUCGCCCGUCCGCUGCUCCAUUCCCACCCGUUCACGUAUCAACCGACGUGUCGUCUGUUAGCGAAGCAUCACCUUCGGAAGGCACCCAAACCCCAGAGCCGACGUAUGAGCAGCCACAGGUCGUUACGCAAGAGCCGGAAUCAGAGUACGCCUCGCCCGACUCAUCCAACUCUUUCCAGCACCAGGAUCUCAACAUCGGCUACUCUCUCGGCCCCGAACAAUUCUAUUCUGGCCAAACACCUUGCGACUUCUCGGCAUCUAUGCCUUCAGAGGCCAUCCAACAAACACCUAACCACUUGACUCUUUCGAUUCCCAACCAAUACUUGACGACACAGCUUCCCGAGUCAACGAGUGCCUCUUCGUUCUCGUCUUACCACCUAAGCGCAAGCGACAUGGACGAGUCUUUCGCUUCUUUCCCCCACGGCAUGACUAGCCCAAUUCCGAUCAACGUCAAGCAGGAGCAAAUGCAAAGCGAGGAUCUCGACAAGUUUGAUCAGUUCUCUCCCCAGUCAAUGUCACGGUCCCCUCCCGAAAUCUCCACACCAGACUUCCGUUUCAAGUCCGGUUCAACCAUCGACAUUGCCAGCAGAAGAAACUCCAAGAGGCCCGCUGCCCUCGUCAGCUGCGUGCGCAGCCAGUCCUACAACUUCUCUGGUCCGAAGACCGGCAUCGAGAUGCCCAGACGCAUGGAGGCACCUAGCCCGAUGCGCCGCGUUGCAUCUGCUACAGGAAACUUCCCGAGGGGAAUCCAAAAGCCGACCGGUUCAGGCCCGAGAUCGCCAAUGUACUUCGAUCGUGCCCAGGAGAACCUCCUCUUGCAAAUGGCCUCAAGGUCACCGAUAUCGCGAAGCCCAGCAGCGCCACCAACCCCAAACACACCAAUUGUCCCCAGCCAACAAGCUCUACGUGAGACCACCGUCUCAUCCAUGUCCUCGGCCGAGGAUGACAAGAGCUACAGCAUGCAAAACAGCCUGACAGUACCGCAGUAUGCCAUGGACCCUACCAUGAGGACCCCGCCGGACACCCCCGGCAUGAUGACGACGAUGCCGAACUCUCUGUUUCCCGCUUUCGACUACAACGUUUCUGACGAGCCGCUGUCGACUCCAAGCUUUGGCAGUUUCGAUCAGGAGUUCCCCAACAUGUCGUCGAGCGUACCCAGCUAUGUCGCACACGGUUGCGCAAGCCAGCCAGUCACACCUUCGUUCCCUCCCAGCAACAUGGGACCGGCAUUCUACUCAUCGUACGGCGGUGGCAACACCGAGUACAACUGGUCGGAUGCCUCAUCCGUCUCAGUCAAGCCGUCACCUGAGCAAUCACGGUCAAGACAGUUUCAGUUCACCAACAUGACUGCACAAGAUUUCCACGGGGAAUGA